UAAUGGUUUCUUAUUUAAUUUCUGCCGUUAGUUUUAUUUCAUGUGUGUACCCAAUAUACAGCACAUCCUUUCAAUUACUGAUUUGGCACUAUUUCCAAAAGACCAUCCCAUAGCUAUUUUUGUGGUAUAUAUAUUAAAUUAAUGCUAUUUAUUUGUUUUGGUACACAUAUUGUUUGCGAAUCAUGAUGGCUAAUCCAGUUCUGAGUGUGUCUUCCAUGGAUGAUAAUGAUGUUGCAAAUGUAUCUGUAGCCAGUGAAAUUGUGGCUAAGGCAAGCACAAGCUCUCCUGUUGCAAAGCCAACAAGUCCUUUGUCUCUUAGUGCAUCUGAUGUAACUACUGAUUCAUCUGCCCUGGCCUCCCCUGUGAUGGAUAUUUCAUCUGCUUGCGCCAUUUCAGCUGUUGUAACUACCAGUGAAAUAUCAACUCCAGUCGCCUCGUCAGCAAGUGAGUCGUCGAUUGCAGUUCUAUCUACCACAAAAUCUGCUGCAAUCAUCACAAGUUCAACGUCUUCUAGCACUAGUGUGCCAUCUUCUACCAUUGCCCCCCAGAUUACAGCUGCCAAUCAACACGCAGUUGUAUCAACAGCUUUUGUAUCCAAAUCUAGCGAUUUUCCUGUAAGCUUGGGUUCUGUUUUAAUCCCCAAGCUUGUAUCUACUGCAUCAAGUGCCAUGACUCCCAACGCAAGUUCCUCUUCAUCGCCCUCAGAAGCUCUUAACCUUACAUUAACAUACUCUUCCGCUUCAAGUAUUGUUGUCCCAACCAUUACUGCCUGUACUGGUGGGUCCAACAAUAACAAAGUCGUCAACUCAGUGGCAAGUAAUCUCUCAACUUCUGUUAAACUUUCCAUGAAUACUAGUGGGAGUGGUAAGCCUGUGGCUGGAAGAGUUGUUCAGACAUUCACAACAGUUACAAGUCCCACAGAAGGCACCUCUUCUCAACCCUCCAUGAGUCAUGUCCAUAUCCCCAGAGGUGCAGCAGUGGUGGCAAACAUGGCUGGUAGCCGCACAUCCUUAGCCGUCACCGCCAGUGCUGCACAGCGGACUACUCCUCAGCAAAAUCGCAGCAUCCAGCUGUCACAAAGCGCUUGGAACAGAGGAGCUACCAACUCAAAGCUCAGCACCGGCACAACCAUCUUCACUAGUGUUGCAUCAAACACUAACCCCAAACUCUCUCGAUUGCCAGCUUCCCCUCUCGUGACACGUCCCGCUCCUGGAAGCUUACUCACAUCUGCCACACCAACAGUUCAUGCAGCUCUGCGCUCAACAUCAAGCACCUCCAGUGUGGUACGCAAUGCAGUCACCACUACUGCUGUUGUGCGCACAAAUUCCAUAUCACGUGUCACAAAUGUCACCAAUCUCAUCACAGCUAACACUGUAGAAGUAAUGCGCUCUGUCCCUUCGGGUGUCUCAGUUUCUGGAGUCACAUCCAAUCCCCGGUUCACAGUUGCAGCUCCCAUCAAACCUGUGGAAGGCACAGUAUUAGCCAGUGUACCUAACAUCACUCGUCCCACUAUUGUUGCCACCCCUUCUGCAGUGUCACGCACUGUGCUUACCCAAACCAGAACAUCCCUUGGUAUGAGUGUUAGACCACAUCACACUCAGGGAAUUCGCCUUACACAGGCCACCAUCGGCCGACCAACAACCGUCACUUCCCUGGCCUUGACGUGUGUUCAACGGCCUGCAGCUCCACUAACAAGCAGCACCACCAUCACAACAGCUAAAGUUAGAGGCAUUGCAGGUGCUCGGUUCUCACUUAAUUCAGGCACCCAACUUCUUCCUAAUUCCGAGCCGUCUACCAUGGCCCAAAACAUAAGAGUCCCAGCACUAGUAAGCACUGCCAUCUCAAGUCCCAGCAGCAGCAGUGUUAGUGGCAGCUAUGCUACCUCAACCAACAUAACAAUUACACCUCCUGCGCGGCCUCUCAGUAGUCCUGCAAUCACCGUCCCUGGCAGACCUGUGCUCAGUGCUUCCAGGCCGGCUUCCACAGGCCCAUCUACUGCCUCAACUGGCCCAUCUGUGGCCUCCACAGGCCUAUGUUUGGCCUCAACUGGCCCAUCUGCAGCUCUCACAGUCACAUCUGUGGCCCCGACUGUCCCAUCUGCAGGCCCAUCAGUGGCCACAGCCAGCCCAACUGUGGCUUCCGUAUGCCCAACUGUCGCCUCUACAGGCCCAACUGCGGUUUCAAAGGGGCCACCAUCUGGAGCUUCGUUGGUGCGUCCUGCAGGGACCAUCGCCAGAGGUUGUGAAGCACCGGUUUUGACUGCACGAACUGAUGUUCCGAGGAUCAGCAGACCCACUCAACAGUUCAUGCACAUCUCUGCUACCAAUGGACAGAAAAUUGGCAUGAGCGGCGGUGUGAGCAACGUCAGCGUUAUUGGUGGAGGUAGCAACGCUAUACGCUGCACGGCACUCAACAGUGCCACUGCUAAUGGUGGCACUGCUAACUCCAUUGCGGUGCGCAUUUCUCCUGGUACUGCCCCUGCUGGCUUCCAUUCCACCACUGCUGUGCAGAACCCUGCUAAGUUGUCUUCGAAGCUGAAACCGGAAGGUGUGCCGUGGGUUGGUGGAGGUGCAGCAAGUUCAGGCGGUGUCGUGACCAACCGGCCUGGCAGCAGACUUGCAGACUACCAUGCAGGCGGCGGUACAUCUGGCAAGCCCUUUGGUGUUGUGGGUGGCGGAGGCUCAGCAGCAGCGGCGGCUGCAGUCCUGCCCCCCGGCACCACCAUCACCCCCACCAUCCUGGCCCCUUCAGGCAGCUCUUCCAGUAACAAGCACGAUCCCCCAACCGUUCUUCUUCAGCGCCCCCUUCAUGGUAGUUCUGCUAAUGCGCCCGCUUCAACACAGCAUCAACACACUGACAAGUCUGCAUCAUGCGUUGUCCGAGGAGGCGGUGCUGUUCAAGGCGCAGGCAAUCGCCGUCAACGCGGCGCAGGCGCGGCCGCGUCCAACGACCUCAGCGCCGCCCAGUCCGCGCAGGGCGGCGCCCCUGCCAAGCCUGCUGCGUCGCCGCGCCCCACCAUGCUCAGGAAGAGCUCCGAGUUCGACGGCGGGAACAGCACAAAGGCCUGCCGUAACCUGACAGGGGCGCUGUCGUCGUCCUCGAGUGGAUCUGCUUCGUCUCCACCGUCGCCCAAACGACCUGACUCUGGCGGCCACAGCGGCGCGUCCACAGGCUCCCUCACCCUCUCUGCCGACUCGUCUCCUGGUUUGCUCAUUGAGGAGGUGGACACUACAGAAGAAGCUCGAGUGCCAAUGAUUGCUGCUGUUGCUCCUCCACCUCUCCUUGAUGGCAUCUCCCCCAGGAAGAAACCUAGAAAACAAAAACUGACAGGCAAUGAACUGCAAAAUGCGCCGCACUCCAGUGAUGACGACGAAGCGCCGACACCUAGCCAUAAACGCUUCAAGAGAGACACGGAUCACGAGGAUGUCCCUGAUGGUUGUCACGUGUGGUCUUCAGACUCCUGCCAAUCCCGGGUGCCUUCUUUGUCAAGUUAUAGUCGCUACCACGCGUUGGGGUCGACAGGUCUCGCGAAGAACAACGGCAUCAAUUCUUUCCGGAACUCCUUAACAUCAUCGGCCCGUGGGUCUCCAGCCCGAAUUUCUCUCAAUAACAGAACCUCGAGCGACUCAACAUCUACGUCCUCAUCUGCUGCUGCUCUUUCCCACGUCGUAUUGCCACCUAAUGUUAUCAAAACCCCGCGUAAAAAUUAUAGUAAUAUUUCUGGCAGCAAUGCAAACGUGGAGAACAAUUUCCAUGGAGAUGUCAGUUCCAGGGCCCAUAACAAAAGCCCACCUGAGUCCUCUCCUGAACCUACGUAUCGCAAUAAGAGGAAGCACAUGAGCCUCCUUAAUUCCUACGUUCGGACGCAUUUGCCUCGCAUCAACCACUUCGUCCGCUACUCCGACGUUGAAGUGAAGAAAGAAAAGAAAUCUUCAGUGAAUCAUUUGGCCGGGCAGAAACUUGCGAUGCAAAGACUCGAAGGCUGGAAGGUUAUUCACGUAGGAGGUCAGGUUUCCGAACUCGUGCACGUCGAGCAGGAAGUGUCAUCUCGCCUCAACGAAAUAUUGCAAAGCCUAGAAAAUAAAAUAAGUGCACCGUAUAAGGCUCAAAGCAAAGACGUCGAUCAAAUAUGCGAACUGAUUAAGGCGAACGUGCAGCGUUCGAAGAUCAUUCAAGACCAGAUGAAGGAAGCCAAGAUCCAGAUGACUAAUUUGUUUGUUCACAAGAACAGAGUGGCCUCCAUAUUGGAAAGUAUUGGUGGCAAGCGACAGCCUCGUAAGAAAGACAGGCGAAGAGACUGAGCCGCAGAUACACGUAU